AUGUCCUCUUGUGUGGUGUCUUUAGUCUCCGUCCAGAGCUGGAGCCUCCUCAACCUGCACUCGCUGUGGAUCCUGUGUGGUCUGUGUGGUUGCAGGGUCAUUCGCCAUGGUAACGCUGAGCAGGUCAGGAGGUGGUUGGUCGAGCUGCGGAGGGUGCUGGCGGCAUCUCACUUUCGCUACCCUGUGUCCCCGGCCCUGCCUAAAGAGCUGGGUGUGGGCUGUGAUGCACUCAGACUCGUGAAGCAGCAGUGGUUCAGGAAACACGUCAAAGAGCUGAGAGCUAACUGGAACCAGAUGUGA